AAAUUUCACAUAAUGCACGGUAUACCUUAUUGUGCCAAGGCGCCUGUUAGUUUGUGCAUGUGAUAUGAGUUUUCUUGUUGAGCUCGAGAGAAGAAAGAAAUCACUUCGAAAAACUAAGACGACGAUAACUACAAUCGAAGGCAAAAAGCUGUUGGAAUAUAAUGAAGGGAAUAGCCCCAUCAUCGUUGAUACCGGGGAGAGGACUUACGGCUUUUGCGAGGAUACAAAGCAUGAUGUAACCCUCGCCAAGAUAGAGGAAGGGCUGUUCUUAGGUUCCCAGGAUGGUGCUCAUUGUUAUGAGGAACUUCAGAGAAAUAACAUAACGCAUAUUUUGAAUGUCGCUACUGGUGUAGUGAACGUGUUUGCCAAAGAUUUUACUUACAAAAACAUUGAACUGCUUGAUCUACCAGAGACUGAUCUUGUAGCACAACUCCCACAGAUGUUUCAGUUUAUUAAUGAUGGGCUUCAAGCUGGGGCUGUGUUAGUUCACUGUAAUGCAGGAGUGUCAAGAUCACCUGCUGUGGUAAUUGCUUAUUUAAUGCAUAAAAGGCUUCUAUCCUUGGGCCAGGCUUUCAACGUGGUCAGAGAGCAAAGGCCUUGUGUGAAACCAAAUGAAGGCUUCUGGAGACAGCUUUGUAAUUAUGAACAACAGAAAUAAUUCAAACUAAUAUUUCUGGUACAAUAAUAAUUAUUGUAGAUAUAUUUUAUAUACAGCUAUUGGCAAUGUUUUUGCACAAAGAAAAACCUUAGUGGGCUAUUUGGAUACAUAAUAAAAACGCUUCAAACUUAUAAUUUGUUAUAAUUAUAAUUUGUACAAAUAUAAAUAUUUUAAAAUAAAGGAAAUUGAAAUACUUAUUCUAAAAA